CAUUACCACCAUCCUUGUGCUACCUCCUUUGAAUUUUAUUCUCCACACAUCUCCAUUUUUGUUUUUGUUUUUUUUUUUCUCCUCUCUCUCUCUCUUCUUCUUCUUCUCUCUCAUCACUCAUCAAUGAAGCACAAUCAAGCUAACAACGAUCAUCAUCAUCAUCAGUUUCUCUAUAGAAUCAUCAUCAAAAACUACAAGUCUAGUAGUACCAAAAGAGUGGUUCUCUUAGCAGUACUAAUCUUCCUAGUUAUCCUCACCACCGUCCCAAUCUACCACCCUUCUAUAAACUACUCGUCGUUUUUCUUUACUACUAGUACUGACAAUAGUUCGUCGUCGUCGUUAGUGCCCGGUGACGAUGAUUGGGAUAUUAAAAUACAGUCGUCGUCGACACACAAGUGUGACAUAUUUUCCGGGGAAUGGGUUCCGAAUCCAGAGGCGCCGUACUACACGAACGAGACUUGUUGGGCCAUACACGAGCACCAGAACUGCAUGAAAUACGGGCGACCCGACUCCGAAUUCAUGAAGUGGAAGUGGAAACCCGACGGGUGUAGCUUGCCCGUUUUCAACCCGGCUCAGUUCUUGGAGUUGGUUAGAGAUAAAUCCUUGGCUUUUGUGGGUGACUCUGUGGCUAGAAACCAAAUGCAAUCUCUCAUAUGCCUACUUUCAAGGGUUGAAUAUCCAUAUGACGUGUCAUACACUUCAAACGAACAAUACAAACGGUGGAAGUACACAACGUACAACUUCACCCUAGCCACAUUUUGGACCCCUCAUUUGGUAAAAGCCCAAAAAACAGACCCAACUAAGUCAGGCUUGUUCAAUCUUUACAUGGACGAAUUGGACGAGGCAUGGACGACCCAAGCCGAGGAGUUCGACUACAUCAUACUCUCAGGGGGCCAAUGGUUUUUCACGCCCAUGGUCUUCUACGAGAACCAUAAGAUAGUCGGCUGCCACUACUGCCAACUACAAAAUGUGACCAAUUUGGGUAUGUACUAUGGCUAUAGGAGAGCCUUGAGGACAGCUUUGAAGGCCAUCAAUGGCUUAAAAAACUACAAGGGUGUCACUUACCUUAGGACUUUUGCACCAGCCCAUUUCGAAGGUGGGUUGUGGAACGAAGGAGGCAAUUGUGUCAGAACGGUGCCGUUUAAGAGCAAUGAAACCCUCCUCGAGGGUCCCAGUAUGGAGCUUUAUAUGAUCCAAGUGGAGGAGUUUAGGAAUGCUGAGAGAGAAGGCAGAAAAAGAGGGUUGAAGUUUAGGUUGCUCGAUACUACUCAAGCCAUGUUGUUGAGGCCAGAUGGUCACCCUAGUAGAUUUGGUCAUUGGCCCAAUGAGAAUGUGACUCUGUAUAAUGAUUGUGUGCAUUGGUGUUUGCCUGGUCCCAUUGACACGUGGAAUGAUUUCUUGCUUGAGAUGAUCAAGACUGAACGGUUGAGAUCUGCCGAGGAGAGCCUUCGAUUUUCUGAUAGAAAAUUGCUAGUGAAAUAGAUUGAGUUUUUUUUUCUUUCUUUUUUGUGUAUUUAUGAUUUUUUUUCUUCAAUCAUUGUACUUACUUCGUCUGAUUAUUGCUUAAUAAAAUAUGUGAUUACGAUUUGAGAUCAA